GCUAUGCCCGGGUUGGAUCCGGCCGCGGUGGCCGUCGCCGUCACCUCGUCGUGCGGUGCGCAGCUCUCUCUUUCGGCGACCAGACGAAGAAGUCAGAAGGGGUUUCCGUUGCCGAUCGUCUCGAGUUCACGGUUAAUUAUUUAUUCACCUGCAACACGUUGUCGCUAUGUCUGUCUGUGACCUGAAGACCGAUAAGGGCGUCGGAUACCUUAACGAUUACCUCGCCGAUCGCAGUUACAUCGAGGGAUAUCAACCAACUCAGGCUGAUGCUGCAGUAUUCGAGGCACUGGGAAAACCACCGACACAGUCUUCUAAUCAUCACGUACGCCGUUGGUACAACCACAUAAAAACAUACGAUUUAAAGACACUUCCUGGAGUAAAGAAAGUACCUGACAUCUUUGGCGCCUCAGCUAAGGCCCCAGCCCCAUCCUCAGCCUUAGCUUCGUCCACAACAAAGGCAAACGAUGAUGACGAUGACCUAGAUCUAUUUGGCUCAGACGAAGAAGAGGAUGCGGAAGCAGCGAAAGUCAGGGAAGAAAGAUUAAAGGCGUAUGCGGACAAAAAAUCGAAAAAGCCCACGGUUAUCGCCAAGUCAAGUGUCGUAUUAGAUGUAAAGACCUGGGGAGAUGAAAUUGAUAUGCAGCAAGUAGAAACUGCAGUGAGAUCGAUUGAAAUGGAUGGUCUUCUUUGGGGUGGAUCAAAACUUGUUCCAGUGGGCUAUGGCAUGUCCAAGUUACAAAUAAUGUGUGUGAUAGAAGACGAAAAAGUAUCAGUGGAUUUGCUGAUUGAACAGAUUCAAGAUUUCGAAGAGUUAGUUCAAUCUGUAGACAUUGCUUCGUUCAACAAGAUCUAAGAAAUAAAUACACAGCUCAUUACUUUUAAUAUUGAAUUAAUAAAUAUUAAUUGUUUGUACAUACGCAA